CUUCGAGGUGCUCUUGCACAACCCGCUGAAUAUUUUCCACGUCGAGGUGGCCAUCGAGGACGUGAAUGACAAUUCCCCGGUUUUUAGCAAACCUGCUCUGGACCUCGAGAUUGGUGAAUGGACUCUUCCCGGUGCUCGUUUUCCUUUGGAAAUGGCCCGGGAUGCGGAUGUGGGUAGGAACUGUUUGGUGACUUACCAGCUCGCCAGCAACCCGUCCUUCUCGCUGACAUUGAAAGAAAAGCCAGGUGGAAAAAAGCAGCCGGAAUUAGUACUGGAGAGACCGCUGGAUCGGGAGAAGCAGAGCUCCGUUGAGUUGGUGCUGACAGCAGUGGACAGCGGAGAACCUGCGCGGUCUGGGACUGUUCUGGUUCUCGUCAAUGUGACGGACUUAAAUGACAACCCACCCAUGUUCAGCAAAAGCGUCUACGAGGCGAGAGUGGCAGAGAAUCUGCCGGCGGGGUCGCUGGCUCUGAGGGUGGUGGCCACGGAUGCGGACUUGGGCUCAAAUGGGCGAGUGUCCUACUCCUUUG